AUGGAGUUGAAUUUGAUGACAAUUCCGGUGAAUAUCGCUGAUUUACAACAUUUGCAGUUUUAUGAAACAUUUAUGUGGUCUGCAGAAUUUCUUGGAUUUACUUUAGCACUGACUCUAAUAGCAGCCACAUACUUCACGAGUAAUGUUGCCAUUGGAGAAAGAAAUUUGGUCAUUUCGAUAGCGUCUUUAUUUUUCUUGUUCGCAUUAAUGUUAAUCAUGUUCGCGGAACGUCUCUUUGACACGCCCUUGAAUGAAGCAUUCGAUUCGCUGAAAAAUGCAACGGCAAAAUUUAUGGCAGAAAGCCGAGUUCCAGGUUAUAUGUCCGAACAUUCACCACUACUCUUCUUCAUCUCUUUAGCUAUUAUGUUGGCAUUUUUUGCUGCUCUGCUUGUUUUUCCCGGUUUUAGGUAUGCACGCAUGUAUUCCGACGUCGUUAAAGACGCUGAACAACCGCUCGAUAGGAUGUUAUAUCACUUUACCUUUAUGUCACAGUUUUUGGCGUUAUUUUUAUACUCUCAUCCUGUAAAAAACUAUCUAGUUUAUGGACCUAAACGACUGCUAAAUGAAUCUCAGAUGGACAUAAUGCGUGUAUAUACCGUUAUUUUAACUGCACUGUUACGGCUUUUGCUCUACCGGCCUCAUUUGCAAUCAUUUUUGAAUCAGUCUUUGAUCAUCCUUUCCAAAAUUAACCGUGAAAGCGGUUGGAUCAAAACAUCAGUGCUGCAAAUGAAAAUACAACGUUAUUUCUAUUUUUUCAAUGUUGCUGCGUUGCACUAUUUUGUGCCUCCUCUUUUACCAAUGCUUUAUGCUCUAAUUUUGAAAACAACAUGUGGUAUCUCAUGGACCGGAAUGAGUGACGAAGCUAUCCAUUCACAAAUGCUGUCUGCUAUUCCUACAGGUUCAUUACGGGCGCUAUUAAAUGCCACUGUGCACCGAGGAUUGUGGUCAAUCUUAAUUGUUGCAUCGCUUGGUACUAACGCAGCUUUUGCUCUAAUGGGUCUUAUUUAUGCUCAUCGUUUUGAAUGGUCAUAA